CUAGAUGUGGCCAAUCAAUACAAAUUUUUAGUUUAAGAAUGACGUCAUAAUUUUAGUCAAAUUUAUUACAAAAAUAACGAAAACACAAGUUCAUUUUGCAAAAACCAUCGGCCAGAAGUGGUUCGCGUUACUGAAUCAACGAAAUGGAGCAACUAAACCCUAGAAUCAGCCGCAGACAGUUAACCAUAUAACCUCUUUCUUUCAAGCAAUCAAGCCAGUUUUCCAAAAAUGCCCGAACAAAGCAAUGAUUAUCGUGUAGUGGUCUUUGGAGCUGGAGGUGUGGGCAAAAGCUCUCUCGUUCUGAGGUUUGUUAAAGGCACCUUCAGGGAGAGCUACAUUCCGACCAUCGAAGACACCUAUCGACAAGUAAUAAGUUGCAACAAGAAUAUAUGUACUCUUCAGAUUACUGACACGACUGGCUCACAUCAGUUUCCUGCUAUGCAGAGAUUGUCUAUAAGUAAAGGGCAUGCUUUUAUUCUGGUUUAUUCAGUUUGCAGUCGACAGAGCUUGGAGGAAUUACGUCCCAUUUGGGAGGUAAUACGCGAAUUGAAAGGACCAGAUUUGAGUCAGAUUCCCAUCAUGUUGGUUGGGAAUAAAUGUGAUGAAAGUGCGGAACUUCGAGAGGUGAGUACAUCCGAAGGCCAAGGUCAGGCCGGGGAGUGGGGCGUGAGCUUCAUGGAGACGUCGGCAAAGACCAACCACAACGUGAAGCAGCUAUUCCAGGAGCUUCUCAACUUGGAGAAAUCUCGAAACGUGAGUCUCCAAGUUGGAGGCAAGGCCAACAGUCGAGUCGCCAAAGACAAAUGUGACCUGAUGUAAGAGCGCGCAUGGCGUAUUAGAGCUGUCUUGUAAUUUUGCAAAGAUCGUAGGCAAUUUCUGAUAUUUACAAGCGGCGUCUUGUAAAUAGCACGAAAUAAAAUCGUCUUGUUAACCUGACCAAGCUUUAAUGGCCGGGCAAGUGGGAAGUCGUUCCGUUGCGUGUAACCCUUGUUGACUGUUAACCGAUAAAGUGCCCAUCUCUGUGGACAAUAUUAGCUACUCUACAUGUUUUUGUCCUGUAUAUAACCGCACAUUUUCACUUGCUCGGUCCUAAUUUGUUAAGAGCCGACUGCAGGCACUUACAUUGAUUCGUUUUUCAUCGAUCGUUUGAUGUUUGCAAAAAGAGAAACAGCACCGUUUUACCGUUCAUGUUUUUCGGUUUCGAUCACGUGAUAACUAACAACGCAGUCGGGUCCAUCCAUCACAUGUUGUUGAAUACGAAAAGCUACGUUAUUUAUAUGUUUGUGCUAUAUUCAAUUACAUUUACAUACACAUCACAUGUCACAAUAGCAUAUCAUAAGAGAUGUAGAUUUACGAAGUGUAGGACGCUAAUGAUUAUUACAUUUCAUAGGCAUUAGAGUAUGCAUUUGCGAAAAUGUUGAAGUAGGUUUAGCGACAACUAUGCUGUGAGUUAAGGUUAGGUCGUGCAUACUCAUUAAUGCUGUCACCAUCAAAGCACUUCAUCGUACGUAAUUCCAUAAAUUAUUUGUGAUCCCUAGUUAUGUGAUAGUUUAAUUUAAUAGCGGACCAGCUAGUUGUUCAGUGCACGUUUGAAUUGCUUUGAUGGUUUUCACUUUUAAACAUUUUUAGACUGGGUGCUAAGCAACAUUAAAACAAGGAAAAAAUUGUUCGUGUUAUUAAUAUUUGUUAUUCACGCUUUAUAGUGUUCACUAUAUGAACUGCAAUUGUGAUCGAUUUAUAAACGUAUUUAUGCAACGAAUAUAUAAAGAACUAAAAAAAUAGUGUAGCAAAAAUGUACUCAAAAAUACUUUUGACUUUGCUCGGUAGAAGCCAUUUUACUACAUUUAUUGCGUAAAAUUGGAAAAAUCGCUUUUAUUAGCAGUACUAAAAUAAAAGUCACUUUUAACAACUGACUUUUAUUUUACUAGAAAAUUGUUAUUAAUAUAGUGAACUUAAGGAACAAAUUUGUAUACUUGUAGAUAAUUUCAAGUCGUUUUACUCAAAAUACUUACCCAAAAAAUUAAAAAAAAAAAACAGCUCAAUCUGAAUCAAUCAUUUUAUUAUGUUGGUGUUUUUUGUUUUGUGUACCAAUAAAACAAAGACUGACAUCACUUGGUAGAAUAAAUGCUAGAAAUUCCUAUGGAAUAUUCAGUACGAUAGUUUUUAGUAUCAACAGAAUCGCAUCUGUAAGUAUCAUAAACCCUAACAUUGAUUCCAUCAUGUCAGGUCAGUCUAGAAAAGACAAGGUGGGCCAUCGCUGAACUUCAUGUCUACCAAAAUACAAAAUUGUGACAACGUGACUUACUUAUCAGCCUCAAAUAUCAAUUAAAUGCAAUAAUUUGCCUCUGACGUGGGAAUUUUUUUCGAAAGGUCACGGUUAUCGUUAACACGGACGAGGAAAAGUUCAAUUAAAGAAGUAACAUUGUGUAUAAAUUUAAAAGAAAAAAACGAAUAAUCGUGUUCAAAGAAAUGCACUCCUGCAAGAAUUCUAAACAAGUUGUUUGUUUCAAUCGUAACUGUUAUCUGUAACUAGAAACUAAGUAAACUUAGAUAUUUAUUGUAGGAAGUAGCUUAAUUUAUCGGGCUAUUAUUAUUUAAUGUGUUUAAUUUUGGAGAUCGGUGAUAUGAAUGUGUUAAACAAAUAGGUAUAAGCGACGUCAAACACAUUAAGUAAUUAUAGUUAUUUCUGGAGAAAUCGCCAAUUGUUAUGAGAUAGUCCUUAGGAAGUUGUCACUCUUUUCUAUGGAGGUGGACGCCAUUAAAUUUUUAUCUCUGACAUUUAGAUUUUUAUCGAGUUCUUAGAUAUUUCUAUCGUUUGUCUUUCAAUGUACUUCUUCUCUCUACAUGUUAGUCCCAUCCUAAAAUAAUUUCCUUGUUAAUAUUGCAUCUAAUAAUAGAGUGUUAAUUGUUUUUAUUAGUAUGAUCCAAAUUUUUACAUUCCUCAUUUUGUGAUGUUGAAUUUGUUUGUAAACACAGUUUUAUUAACAAUAAAUCCAUUACGAAACA